AUAGAAACAUGAAGCCAUUCAGUAGGUUGCAUGGCUUUAUCCUCUGUUUUAUAUUUGCCACUUUGCACAAUCAUUGUCAAGCCCUUGAUGUUCUUUCCCAUGAAGAACAUGACGUAGAGGUGCCAGAUUUCUCAGCAGAACAGAGCGAUAUCUACGAAGAAAUGGCUCAAAUACCGGACUCGGGUCUUCCCAGGGAUGAAGUUAGAGACGAAGAACUUUUAAGAGCGAUCCGACGCCGUCAGGAUGGAGUUUUACUUCGUAGUGAAGUUGAGGAGACAGGAGAGGUGGAGGACGAAGAGGACCAGGAGGAAGUUCGGAUGUCGGACCUCCCGUUUAAGGAUGAGGACGACAUCUAUAUGCAUAGAGCUGAUGAAGAGGACUAUACACAUGAUAUCUCAAAGAGAAGUUUCGCAGAUGAGUUAUUGGAAGAAAUGAGAAGGGUGAUGGAAGAUGACUUAAUUGGAAGACAUGGGGCGGCAUCAACAGGUACUUACGUGAGUCCACGUAAAAGCUGUUCAGCGUUCCGAGGUCCAACGUCACAUUCCAUUAAACAAUGUGGAUCAACCAAAACGUUUCUUGGAGUGGUUCAGUGGUGCAAACUCUCGUGUGGGGCUGGAUACAAGUUAGUGAAGUCUACACCUGAAUACGAGUUGUGUGGUAAAGCAACCAAGUACAGAUGGACAUACCAAUUAAAAGGAUUGCACCAAGCAUCUGAGAAAUGCAUAUUGGGGGCAAACAACUUCAAUGCAAGUGUAUGCAUGACACCAGAAUGCGUAUCUACGGCUGCGUACUACAUGAACAAGAUUGACUUCAAUGUGGAUCCUUGUGAUGACUUUUAUGAUUAUUCUUGCGGUCGGUGGUUCAAGGAGACGAAAAUUCCCGAAUCUAAGGGCCAUUACCUCACAUAUACUGUGUUACGGGACAGAGUGAAUAAAGAUGUGGCGGGGGAACUUGCAAAACCAAUCAAAGCUUCAGAAGGAACGGCAGUGGCCAAAGUUAAAACAGCUUACAAGGCAUGUAUGGAUACUGCUACUAUCAAUCGAAAGGGAGGGAAACCAUUGCUUGACUUUCUAAAAGGGGACUUAGCAUGGCCAAUAAUUGACGAAACUUGGUCACCAUCCUCAUUUGACUUGGAGUCAACAUUAGCAACAUUAAGGGGAAGAUAUAAUAACCAAAUACUUACGAAGAUAGUUGCAAGAAGGACAAGUGGAAACCAUAUAUUAGAGUUAUGGAAAGGAAAGAUGGCCCUACCAUUCAGUUACUAUGAGAUGGAAGAAAAAAAGCCGAAAUUGGAUGCUUAUUAUGCAUUGAUGAGAGACACAGCAGUGAUGCUUGGAGCAGAUCGUGCAACAGCAAAUAGAGAUGUGGCGGAUGUGAAAAGAUUUGAAAAGGAGCUUGCAUUCCAUAAGAUACAUGAUCUCGAUUACUUCAGCAUUAAAACAAUUGACCAGAUGAUGGAGGAAAUACCAGGGAUUGAUUGGCUUAGAUUGUUCUCAUUAAUGAUUAUAUCUCAUCCUAUAAAUGGGAACACUCAAAUUGAAGUCUGGAACCAACAGUUUCUAAAUAAUAUUAUUGCACUGAUAGACAGAACGGAUAAACGAGUUGUUCAAAACUACUUGAUAUGGAGAAUUGUAAAACACCGAAUCCUUAAUUUGAGCCACAAGUUCUUGGUUCGCUAUAGUCAGUACAAAAAGAUUCUGUAUGGCACGAAAGUUUUGCCAACACGAGAACAUAAAUGCGCCCAACAACUAAUGUUUACUAUGAAAGGGGCAACAGGCAAUCUAUUCAUCAACAAGUAUUUCUCACCAGCAAAGAAAAGAGCUGCCCACUUAAUGUUCGAAAACAUAAGAAAAGGUUUCCUCCAGCUUUUGGGCACAGAGGUUGAUUGGAUGGAUGAUAAAACUAAGAAUUACGCCAAAAGAAAGGCCGAGGCUAUCAAAGCAGUGUUUGGAUACAAUGCUCAUAUUUAUAGAAAUAUAACAUACAUUGAUGAGCAUAUGAAACAUCUUGUGGUUUAUGAAAAUGAUUACUUUGGAAACACUGUUCGAAUUCUGACACAAAUUUCACAAAACUCGUUCCAUUUACUUGGUAAAGAAUACCAGAGGGGUACUUAUUAUUUCCACACAAGACCCACAGAAGUUAAUGCGUUUUACAACCCGUCAUACAAUGAAGUCGUCAUGCCAGCUGGGGAACUACAAUACCCUUUCUACUGGGGAGACCAAUUCCCACAGAUGUUUCAGUAUGGUGGUGUUGGGACCAUUCUUGGGCAUGAGCUUACCCACGGGUUUGACAACAAUGGUAGGAAACAUGGCAUCCAUGGGCAUAUGUAUAACUGGUGGACUCAAAAGUCACUUGAAGAGUUUAACAAGAGAACUAAAUGCAUGGAAAAUCAAUAUAAUAAGUUCUACUGGAGGACUGCAGGCUCUUAUUUAAACGGCCAUAAAACAUUGGGAGAGAAUAUUGCAGAUAAUGGAGGGAUUCGUGAAUCUUAUACAGGUUACCACAUUUGGUUGAAAUCUCAAAACUUAACUGGAGAAAGCUUAGAACCUUCAACUGGUCUCACAAACGAUCAACUCUUCUUUAUUGGAUUUGCCAAUGUUCGUUGUGGUAAAUACACACAUGCUGGAGCAGCAAAUAUAAAUGCAGUUGAUGUUCACAGUCCAGGAAGGUUCAGGGUGAUUGGAUCUUUACAAAACUUUGACAAGUUUUCCAAAGCUUUUAACUGUCCUGUUGGUUCUAAAAUGAAUCCCAAACACAAAUGUAUUAUUUGGUAAAAAGUUUACACGUAACCGAUUGAACUACCAUCAAUAUAAAACUGACAACUAAUUAUUUUAAUUACUGUAGUAUUAAGUGAUUUCCUAAUGUUGCAAUAUUAUAAAAAGUGUUUUGUAGCAUUUUUAUUAAUAUCUUUGUGCAAUACUCAACAUAGAACAUUUUUUGGAACUAUUUAUUUGUACACCCAUAGAAUAUUGCUCAGAUUUUGUGUUGAAUUGAUUCAUAUGUGUUUAUCUGUAAAUGUUCAAAUUUUAGGAAUGUGUUGUUGUGUUUUUUGUCCAAAGUUUAAAUAAAGCAUUCAAUAUGAUUAUUAUGUGAACUUAGCCUUUCAGUGCGAACUACUUAAGUGUUAUAUUCAAUGAAGAAUAAUUCAAAUUGAA